AUGAGCUUUGUGGCACAGGAGCUGAGAAACGGAAAAGUGUAUUCAUCAAAUGCACAAAAGGUAUUGGAAGCCUUCAAGGAUCGUUUUGAUAAAGUAAAUGCAACAAAAAUCUAUCAUAUGAACACAGAAAUAAGUAGUCUAACGCAGGGUAUAUCCAAUGUAUCAAUAUACUACUCAAAAUUGAAUGAUUUGUGGGCUGAGUUUGAGUCAAUUAUACCCUAUCCCAGUUGUGAUUGUGCGAGAUCUAGGCUAUUUGUUGAGUUCCUACGCCAACAGAAGCUAAUGAAGUUUCUGAUGGGCCUGAAUGACACCUAUGCACCUCAGAGGAGUCAGAUUAUAAUGAUGAACCCUACUCCUACACUUGAUCAAGCAUAUUCUAUGCUCAUACAGGAAAAGACUCAGAGGAUGAGUGGGACUUUGAUGUCACAAAGUGGUAUUCUGGGGACUGGACCUGUAGAAGGCAGCAGUAGUGCAUUAGCUGUAGCAAAUGCAACUAACAUCAGGCCUAAACGUAACAAUAACCUUUAUUGUGACUACUGCCACAUGAAGGGGCAUAAGAGAGAGAAUUGUUAUAAACUAGUUGGAUAUCCAUCCAAUUCUAGAUUUGACAACAGAAGACGAAGUGGUUUUGAAAACCAAAUUCAGAUGCUUACAGCUCAUAAUGUGAGUAUGAAUGAUAAAAGGGAAAUGGAUUUUGAAGAUCUGAAGAAAAUGGCUACACCAACUGUUCCAGUGUUCACUGCUGAACAAUACCAACAGAUCCUGAAGCUACUGAGCAAGGAACAUGAACCAACUGAAACAGCAAACAUGGAAGGUAUAUCUAAUACUUCUCAAGGUUACUGGAUUAUUAACUCUGGAGCCUCAAAUCACAUGGCUUCAUCCUUGAACCUGUUGGAUCUCUUCAGUGGCAUGGUGAAGGGGAUUGGUAGACUCAGGAGUGGCUUAUACAUCCUUAAUCCAUUCACACAUGCUGCUACUCCUUCCAUUACUACUUUUUCAAAUCGUAUAGCUUCUUCAGUCCAACAUAAUUUUAAUGACUUGUGGCAUCAAAGGCUUGGUCAUGCUCCAGUUGCUGUGUUACAGAAAAUACCCUCAAUAAAGGUUCUUGUGUCUAGAUCAACAACUCAUACUUUCUCUAUAUGUCCAUUAGCUAAACAAGUCAGACUACAAUUUCCUACUAGUAUCACUAGAUCAAAUUCUCCAUUUAGUCUUGUACAUAUGGAUGUUUGGGGUCCAUAUAGAGUUCCUGCUUACAAUGGUUUUAAAUACUUCCUUACUCUUGUUAAUGAUUACUCCGAGAUGACCUGGACAUUUUUCUUGAGACUGAAAAGUGAUGUCUAUGUUGUCUUACUUGAUUUCCUUCAAUUAGUACACAAUCAAUUCUCUGCUUCUAUUAAAGUCUUUAGAUGUGAUAAUGGACAUGAAUUUUUCAAUUCUUUAUGUUCUGAUUUGUUCAAGUCCAAAGCCCCAGAUCAAUGUUGUACACCAUCCCUGGACUUCCCUGAUCAUGAUUUGCCUGCACUUCCUAUUGAUACAUCCAAUUUUGUUCCCUCUUCCUUACCAAUUUCUCCAUCUAAUGUUGCCCCUCUCAGAAGAUCAGGCAGAACCAUUAAGCCUCCCAUUUGGUUGACAGACUAUGCCCAUCCACCCUUUCCUUCUACCUCCAACUGUUUCCAAUAUCCUAUUCAUCACUGUGUUUCCUAUUCUCAUUUGAACCCACAGUAUCAAUCAUUUCUUGCUUCCUUUUCUACUAAUACUGAACCUUCCACUCUCACUCAAGCAUCCAAGGAUGAUAGAUGGGUUCAAGCCAUGAAGCUUGAGAUUAAGGCAUUAUAA